AAAAUCUUCACCUGCUGUCGAAUUUAGUGCCUCUUGUUUCUUACAAGUUCUCAACUCUGAAUUUACUGUCAAUUAUUCCAUAAUAUACUAUAUUAUAUAUAUCUUCUUAAAAUUGGAGGGACUGAAUAUUUCCACUACUAAAUAAAAAAAGAAAAUUGAUCGGUAAUGGCAGUAAACAUUGCUGCAGCACACACUUACUUUCUGCCAUUUUCACAGUUAUCAUCAUCUUCGUCAUCUGCUCUGCAAGUACAGCUCAAUCCCACAUGCUUUCCUUCUUCUAGGAAGAUUUCCAGGAGUCCCAUUUCCACCACUAGUUGUGCUAAUGUCUCCGCCGCAUCCACGGCGGCGCUAUCCACCGGAAAGGAGGAGUUUUUGCCUCCUCUGGAGGUGAGCGAAAUUGAUGGCAACUGCAAAAAAUGGGUGUGGAGAGGAUAUACCAUUAACUACUUCGUUUACCCAGACGGCGACGGCGGCGGCGGCGGUGGUGGCGCUGCUGCUCCGGCUCCUCCGCUUCUUCUCGUCCAUGGCUUUGGCGCGUCGAUUGCUCAUUGGCGCAGGAAUAUUCCGACGCUUGCACAAAAUCGGACAGUUUACGCCAUUGACCUCAUCGGUUUUGGUGCUUCAGAUAAGCCCGCGGGCUUUCAGUACACCAUGGAAAUCUGGGCUCAGUUGAUUCUCGAUUUCUUGGACGAAAUUGUCCAAAGGCCAACUGUGCUAUUGGGGAACUCUGUCGGUAGUCUUGCUUGCGUUAUUGCCGCUUCAGAAUCUAGCCAAUCGCAAGUACGAGGGCUCGUGCUGUUCAAUUGUUCUGGUGGCAUGAAUAACAAGGCUAUAGUUGAUGACUGGAGAAUAAAGCUACUCUUACCUUUGCUUUGGUUUUUCGACUUCUUAUUGAAGCAAAGAGGAAUUGCUUCUUACUUAUUCGACCGUGUUAGACAAAGAGAGACGCUGAGGAAUGUGUUAUUGUCCGUCUACGGGAAUAAGGAAUCCGUUGAUGAAGAUCUUGUGGAGAUUAUUAGGAAACCGGCACUGGAUGAAGGGGCACUGGAUGCAUUUGUUUCGAUUAUCACAGGACCACCUGGACCGAAUCCAGUGAAUUUGAUCCCGAAUAUCACCCUACCCGUUUUGGUGUUAUGGGGCGAUGCAGAUCCGUUUACACCGAUUGACGGGCCGGUUGGUAAAUACUUUACUUCGUUAGCUGAUCGACUGACGAACGUGAAGCUGUUUUUAUUGGAAGGAGUUGGACAUUGUCCACAUGAUGACAAGCCUGAUUUGGUCCAUGAGAAGUUGCUCCCAUGGUUGGCUAAUCUUUCUCUUCCAUAAGAAUUCUGUAUACAACCUUAUUCAGUUGAACCAAAUUUACCAAGAUAUGAAUAUGCACAACAUUACCAAGCAUUUAUAAUGGAUUGAUUCUUGAUUGUAAUAAAUGAAUUGCUUGUAAAAUU